AUGGUGAAGCUGCCAUUCACCUCUCCUCCGCCGACGAUCGUUGAGACCCGCAAGCCUACAGAACGACUGCUGCACGCCAUGGAGCGAAGGUGUGAGCUCAAUUCCCGGUUCGGGGAGCUUUACCGCGCCUUCCUCAAAGAGUACGAGGACGUGCGCCACAUGACGCUCGUGGACGAGCCGCCCAAGUCACUCAACCAAGGGCAGUGCUACCUGCCUCAUCAUGGUGUGCUUCGGGAGUCAAGCACCACCACCAAGCUGCGCGUUGUCUUUAAUGGCUCUCAGCGCACUAGGUCCGGUGAGUCGCUGAACUCCCACCUUCUCGUUGGCGCCAACCUGCUGCCGGCCCUCGCGGACGUGUUGAUGCGCUGGUGCUGGCACCGAUACGCGCUCGUAGCCGACAUCGAGAAAAUGUACCGCCAAAUCCUCGUUGCUCCGGAGGAUCGUGACUACCAGCGAAUUCUCUGGCGGCACUCUACAGCUGAUCCGGUCCGCGAGUUCCGUUUGAAUACCGUGACCUAUGGCCUCGCUUGCGCACCGUUCCUGGCUAUCCGUACUCUGAGGCAACUCGCUGCCGACGAGGAGUCCCGGUUUCACCGCGGUUCCACUAUCUUGCGCCGCGACUGCUACGUUGACGACAUCGUCACCGGAGCGCAUGAAAAGUCCGACGCUAUCGCGGUGCAGUCUGAGCUCCACUAG